UGGGAAAAAAGAAAGAUGGGUUUUUGUUUGGGGUUGAGUUUGAGUUUGAGUUGGGUUUAUAUGCUAAUGCUCACCAUGUGUUUGAUGUAUUACGUGAAUGGAUACCCAAAAGAGGAUCUUGUGGAAAACCUCCCUGGACAGCCUAUGGUUAGUUUUAGACAGUAUAGUGGGUAUGUUGAUGUGGAUGUUGAAGCUGGGAGGAGUUUGUUUUAUUACUUUGUUGAAGCUGAGACUAAUCCUGAUCAUAAUCCCCUCACCCUUUGGCUUAAUGGAGGUCCUGGUUGUUCAUCAAUUGGUGGUGGGGCUUUUACUGAAUUGGGUCCUUUCUUCCCUAGUGGUGAUGGUCGUGGUCUUAGGAGAAACUCCAUGUCUUGGAACAAAGCAUCGAAUCUUCUGUUCGUCGAGUCUCCAGCUGGAGUGGGAUGGUCAUAUUCCAACACCACUUCAGAUUAUGUUCGUGGAGAUGAUACCACAGCUAUGGAUAUGCGUAUGUUCUUUCUGAAAUGGUACGAAAAGUUCCCAUCUUUCAAGUCCAGAGCUUUGUUCCUCACCGGAGAAAGCUAUGCAGGACAUUACAUUCCUCAGUUGGCUGUUGCUCUUCUAGACUAUAAUGAACAAUCUAAUAAACCUAAUUCUUUCAAGUUCAACAUCAAAGGACUGGCUAUUGGGAAUCCACUUCUGAAACUGGAUCAAGACGUCCCAGCAACAUACGCCUACUUCUGGUCACAUGGGAUGAUUUCAGAUGAAAUUGGACUCACUAUCAUGAAAGAUUGUGAUUUCAAAGAUUAUGUCUUUAGUGGUCCGCAUAAUAUGAGUAGUUCAUGUAACAAUGCAAUCUCUAAAGCAGACGACAUUGUUGGCGACUAUAUAAACAAUUACGACGUUAUUCUUGAUGUCUGCUACCCAUCUAUAGUUGAACAAGAAUUAAGAUUGCGCAAAAUGGCGACGAAGCUAAGUUUUGGAAUUGACGUAUGCAUGGAAUUCGAGAGAGUGUUUUACUUAAACAUGCCUGAUGUUCAAAAGGCUCUUCAUGCAAAUCGAACUAAUUUACCUUACAUCUGGUCCAUGUGUAGUGGAGUUCUGAAUUACACUGAAAAUGAUUCCAACACAAACAUACUUCCCUUGAUGAAGAGGAUACUCCAAAACCAUAUUCCCAUCUGGAUUUUCAGUGGUGACCAAGAUUCUGUGGUGCCAUUGCUGGGAUCAAGAACACUUGUACGAGAACUAGCCCAUGAUCUCGGGCUGAAGGUUACAAUUCCAUAUUCUUCAUGGUUUCACAAAGGACAGGUAGGGGGUUGGGUAACUGAAUAUGGAAAGCUAUUAACUUUUGCAACUGUUAGAGGAGCUGCUCAUAUGGUGCCUUAUGCUCAGCCAUCGAGAGCUCUGCAUUUGUUUUCUUCGGUUGUUCGUGGACACAGCUUGCCAAACUCGACAAUCUUGAAGAAUGAAAUGUUUGUUUGAUUUUAGUCGUUUUAA